AUGAAAGCGAUUGCGAACCGCGGCAUCUUUGAGAUGGCGGAGCACUGCCGACUGGAUGCCGUGGACAUGAUACUUCCACUGCUCCGUCGUACGGCAUCAGAUCCAAGACCGGUCGUGGUGAUGACUUGCGGCUUGUCCGGAGCCGGGAAGUCCACACUCGCCAAGGGCAUCAUCGACCGCCUGCCUCACUUGACGCGGCUCUCCAUCGACGCCAUCAUCUUUGAGCGCCACGGUCUCUACGCCAUCAACUACCCGGCCGACGAGUACGCCGCGCACCAAGCCGAAGCUCUGAAGUACCUGACUGACGAGCUGGGGCUUCUUCUGCGGACGGAGCGGCAGGAUGUGGUGCUGGACCUCUCGUUCUGGAACAGAGAGUUCCCGGUGCGAGUUCAAGGAGAUUGGUUCGAGAAGCCGGCGGGAGAAGGCGAGAUUGUCAUCAAGGUCACGUAG